CAUGAAUGUUGAAGGUGGUAUGUAUAUUAGUCCAGAGUUCCAAUUAGGCCAGGUGUACAUGGGCGAUGAGGUGGACUCAGAGACAGAUCAGACAAUUCUCUAUAGACCUGUGUACGUCUGUGUGUCUGGUGACAACUCAUCCCACUCCAGAACAGAUGCUCAUUUAUUACAGGUAUGGUAAAGCUUACUGGCCUGGCAUGUAUGUCCACCUAAUAGUUCCUAUAUCUUUUCUGUGUUAGGCUCUCUUUCUUCUUAAAUAAUUUCUUGUCCCCUUUUUCCUCUUUCAUAUUUGUCUUUGAAUUUCUGAUUGCCAGUCAGUCAAUUUUAAAAAAAAAAAGUAGUUUUCUAAAUUAUUUUUACAAUAAUUUUUUUUUCUGAUGCCUAACUUUAACCUUGCUAUGAAUUUUUUAUAAUGGGCAAGAUUACAUUUUAAUUAAUAUUAAAAGUCAUCUCCUUUAUAUAUAAAAUACCUUGCUUUAUAAAAAAAAAAAAAAAAAAAAAAACAACAAAAAAAUCUUUUAAAUUUAUUUUUUCAAUAUUUUUUUUUUUUGAUGCAUAACUUUAACUUUGUUAUGAAUUUUUUAUAUUGGGAAAGAUUAUUUUUUAAUUAAUAUUAAAAGUCAUCUCCUUUAUAUAUAAAAUACCUUGCUUUAUAAAAAAAAAAAAAAAAAAAACAGCUACCAAAGAUUCUUUUAAAAAUAAUUGAAUGUCACUAUAAAUCUUAAUAAUAUGUGGAUACAUAAACUGAAACCAAUCAGCCAUUUUGAAGAGAAUGCAAACUUUUCUUCUUGGUUAAAAUUCAGGGAUUAAAUCCUCGAGAAAAAUAGUUUAUGAUGAGAUUACAUGAGAAAUGGUCCAAAGCUGAAAUGGCAAUGUUUACAAGGCAGUCCAGGGGUUAUAAAUAGCUGAUGACUGGUCCAACAGAAUAAUACUGCAUAAAUGAGAAUAUUCCUUAAGCAAACCAUUGCCCAGAGUAAAAGACCUAGAGCUUAACACAUAGGGCGGUUUUGUCCGCAAUGCCAUAGACUAUAGUGAAGCACAGUUUUUCAAUGAUUAUUUCAACACAGCGAUAUUAAAUAUCAAUAAAAGUAAUCAUUAUAUAAGUUAAUUUUAAAAUAAAAUUUUGGCACAUCCAGUGGCAAAAUACCUUAUACAUAUAAAUGAACCUUUUGAUAUCUUUUUAGAGGUAAAAUUAAAAAUGCCUGUAUGCUGUGUAAAAGAAAAUUUGGAUUUGUGCCAUAAAAAAAGUUUUGUGAAGUACAUUUUUUUCUCCCUAAACUAUAUGCUAUAUUUAUACAUUUUUACUACUCUGCCAAAUUUAAUUUAAAAGAAUUACUGAAAAAGAAAGUCUUACAAUUUUAGACAUCUGGACACCCUUCGCUAACUUUAAAGUAACAAAAUUUAGUUUCAAAAGCAAAAAUCUUUUUAUUUUAUUUUCAAAAUGGAUGAAAUUAAAUAAGCCCCUUAUUAGGCCAUAACAGGGGCACUUAAUGGUGUAGUAAUAUUUUAUGAAGGUCCGAAAACUCUUAAAGCUUUAAAUUUGUAUAAUAGAAUACAUACAUAUAAACAUGGACAGCUCAAUGAAGAUAUCUCAAAUUAAGUUAAAAAUAAACUAAAAUUUUAAAAUCAUCAUUUUCAGGUGCCACCUCGUCAGGUCAGCAGAAGUCGUGAGAACAUCAGAGGAAGC